AUGCACCUCCUUCCAGGAGUCCUGAUCCUCCCCCUCCUCGCCCUCCAGGCAACAGCCUGGUCGCUGACCAUCUACUUCACCGACGGCGGCCACAUCACGAGUUCCGGCCGCCUCAACUCCGGCUGCAAGGCCUACGACCUCCCCGUGCACAACCGCCAGGUCAACCGCGCGUCCUUCAGCGAGAGCACCUUCGCCGACACCUUCGAGCUGUUCAGCGACAAGGACUGCCGGAAUCGCGUGUUCCGGGAGGGGAAGGGCAGCCAUCGCGUGCAGCCGCCGCGGCGGGUCAAGGCUUAUAAGGUCUAUUGA